GUGUAGAGCAGAGUGUGAGAGAGAUUUCAAGGAGGAGAGAAAAAGAAGUGGUUAGCAGGAGGAGGCCGGGAGGAGGCCAGGAUGCGGCCGGUAAGGCACCUGCUACUGUUGUUCCUCGUCCUGGGAGCGAGCCUCGCCCCGGGCACGCGGUCCGAGUUGGUCAGAUGCUUCGAGGUUUCCGAGAACGCACGGCCAGGUACCAGGGUGGGCUUCAUCGACGCGGAGAACCCUCCGUAUCUGCUGGUUUCGGUGUCAGGAUCAGCGGUGGAUGCCGAUCUUACGGUCGACCAAACGACAGGGGAGAUAAAGACUAAGGUGCCAUUGGAUCGAGAGACAAGGCCUUCUUAUACCUUGGUAUCUCUGCCGCAAAAUGUCAAGGUGGUUGUUAAGGUGUUAGACGAGAACGACAAUGCACCUAGAUUUCCCGUUGAUCGGGUAGACGUUGAAUUCCCCGAGAAUUCGCCAAGAGACGCGAAGCGUGCAUUGCCACCGGCAAAAGACCCCGAUCUCGGUCAGUACUCGACCCAACGUUACGAGAUCGUUUCGGGUAACGACGGCGAGGCGUUUAGAUUGUCGCAGCAUCGUGGUCGCGAUGGCGUACUCUAUCUGGAUCUUCAGAACGGUGGUACAUUGGAUCGCGAAGCUCGUUCGAACUACCGUCUGGUGAUCGAAGCUCUCGACGGGGGCUCGCCUGCCCUACGCUCGAGGCUGCACGUGAACGUGACUGUGCAGGACGUCAACGACAAUCCACCGAUCUUCAAUCAGACUCGGUACUCUGCGAGCGUGCCGGAGAACGCGACCGUCGGCACGCCGGUUUUAGCCGUGAAUGCGUCCGACGCCGAUGCUGGUGAAAACGGUCGGAUCGAGUAUUCGAUCAAUCGUAGACAAUCCGAUCGCGGCGAGAUGUUCCGCAUCGAUCCGGAAACCGGUAUGGUUUAUGUGAACAAGGCGUUGGACUUCGAGUCGAAGGAUCGUCACGAGUUGGUGAUCGUAGCAAGAGAUCGUGGUGCGCAACCGCUCGAAGCGAGUGCUUUCCUCUCCGUUCGUGUCACCGACGUCAACGACAAUCAACCGGCCAUCACGGUGAUCUUUCUCUCGGACGACGCCACGCCUAAGAUCAGCGAGAGCGCUCAACCGGGCGAGUUUGUAGCGAGAAUAUCGGUCAGUGAUCCUGACUCCAGGACCGAGUAUUCGAACGCGACGGUCACGUUGACCGGUGGCGAAGGACAUUUUGGUUUGGCUACCCGAGAUAAUAUAAUCUAUUUAGUGGUCGUUGAGAGACCCCUCGAUCGAGAGGAAAAGCCCGUUUACGAACUUUCCGUAGAAGCUACGGACGCUGGUACACCGCCCUUGAGAGCGGUACGUAAUUUCAAGUUAUUGGUCACCGACGUCAACGACAAUGCGCCUAAAUUCGAACGUGAUACUUACGAGGCCCAUCUUCUCGAAGCAUCCGAACCAGGUACAUCGGUUCUACGUGUCGUUGCCACGGAUUUGGACGAAGGUGCCAAUUCGGCAGUUAGAUAUUCCAUACGUAAUUCCACUUGGUUUGCCAUCGACGAGAUUUCAGGAUUGAUCAGCACGAUCAGUCACGUCGAUUGUGAAGCAGAUCCAGCUCCUAUUCUCAUAGUUGUAGCAACCGAUUCUGGUCGUCCACCUUUAAGUAGUAGUGCUACAGUUCGCGUUACGGUUCACGAUCUCAACGACAACGAACCCAUCUUCGAGAAGCCGUUGUACAAUGCCACCGUGCCUGAGGAUAUGCCAGUUGGACGCUGUUUUCUCAAGGUACAAGCUACCGAUCCGGAUUGCGGAGUUAAUGCUAUGGUGAAUUAUACCCUGGCAGCCGGAAGAUUGGAAAGCGAAUUGCUUCAAGCACGUAGCGACACAGGAGACAUUUGCGUGAGAGCACCGCUAGAUAGAGAAACUGCUCCCUACCUUGAGAUUCCCGUAAUCGCCACCGACAGAGGUGGUCUCAGUACAAUAGCAAUCGUCCGAGUACAAAUAACCGAUGUUAAUGACAACAGUCCAAUAUUUGAACCACAAAAGUACAACGUGACUUUAAGAAGUGACGUCCCAUUUCAAGGACCAAUAUUAAGGGUAGUAGCGAGUGACCUAGAUGCAGGAUUAUUUGGACAAGUUGCAUAUAGAAUAACCAGUGGCAAUGAAAAUGGAAUAUUUCGAAUAGAUCGAAACACCGGUGAACUUCACGUUUCUAGGCCAAGUCUUCUUUCAAGAUCAGCUUCACACCAACUUAAUGUUACUGCCACCGAUGCAGCUGGAUUGAAAAGUACCGUCGAUGCAGAAGUUAGAAUAACGAUGUCCUCGCAAGGACACAGGACUUGUGAAAGACCACGAUACGUUCUCUCAGUUAAAGAAAAUCAACCACAAGGUACUGUCGUCGGUGGUAUCAAGGAUACUACAUCAUCAUUAUCAGGUGAACGACCAAGUCGAUUUUAUUUAGCUACAAACGAACCUGAUCUAUCCAUGGAUCCCAACACGGGGAUGCUGAGGAUUCGAUUACCCCUCGAUCGAGAAACACGAGACAAAUACAUUUUAAGCGUCGAAGCGAGAAACGGUGUUUCAACUGGAUAUUGUCAAGUGGAAUUAUUAGUGGAAGAUGUAAACGACAAUGCACCUUACUUUCGAAGUGUAAGCUUACGAAUUUCGGUACCAGAAUCGCAUCCCCUCCACACGGCCCUGUUCGUAGCACAUGCAACAGAUCGAGACUCAACACCACCAUUACCAAUUCGUUACGUGUUAGUACAAAACAGCAACGAUUUAUUCGGCAUAGAUGGACGUACUGGUGAACUUUAUCUAGCAAGACGAUUGGAUUAUGAAACUCAACAGAGGCAUGGUUUGCUGAUAAGAGCUUUGGAUGGUGCAGGACUCUCCGCGAAUCUCAGUUUGAGCGUGGAGGUUCAGGAUGUGAAUGACAACCCCCCAGUGUUCGAGAGGAACGAGUAUCACGUGGAGGUUCCCGAAGGCGCCAGGCUCGAUUCCCAAAUUCUACAAGUGACUGCAGUGGAUCUCGACACAGGAAACAACGCGAGAUUGAGUUAUCGUCUCCAGGGUUCCGCGGCGUUUCGCAUCAGUCCAAACACCGGAUGGAUUUACCUGGCGCAGGUGCUCGAUCGUGAAAGCGUCGAUCGGUACGCGUUAACAGUACUGGCAACGGACAACGGUUCACCGGCAGCUACAGCAAGUGCUUCCGUUCUCGUAUCCGUUCUCGAUGACAAUGACAACGAGCCACGUUUCGAAAAAGAUUUUUAUGCAUUCGAUUUAUUGGAAAAUUUACCAUCCGAUACCAUAGUUGGUUCUGUCAGUGCAACCGAUUCAGAUCUUGGAAAAAACGCUUUACUAAGAUACGCCAUCGUUCAAGCUAACAGCAGUUUUUCUGUGGAUCCUGAUACAGGCGAAAUUACAACACGUGAGCCUCUUGAUCGUGAGAGGAAAGGAUCGCACGAGUUGGUACUAGAAGCAAGAGAUCAAGGGACACCCUCGAGGGCAGCUAGAGUGUCCUUGAAAGUGACCGUACUCGACGUUAACGAUAAUUCGCCAGAGAUCGUCGAUCCUCAGGGUGACGUCGUCAGCGUGAGAGAGGAGCAACCACCUGGAACAGAAGUAGCAAGAGUCAGAGCUUUAGACACUGAUCUCGGUGAAAAUGCAUCUGUAACUUACAGUAUUUUGAAAGAUCGCGACUCCGAUGGUUACAACGUCUUCACGAUCGACCCGAUCACCGGCAUGAUCAGGACCAAGGCCGUUCUGGAUCACGAAGAACGCAAUGUAUACCGGGUGUCUGUGAAGGCAACGGACGCUGGCCGACCGCCACGACACAGUGUCCGUGCUUUGAGAGUCGAGGUUCUGGCACUAGCCGAUAACCGGCCGACCUUCACCAGCAGCAGUUUUACCUUUAACGUGUGCGAGGACGCAAAUAUUGGACAAGCAGUAGGAUCGGUAUCAGGAGCAGGUCCAGCAGGACGAGUGGCAUUUACCUUGCAUUCGUUAACACCCAUCAGUGAAUUCCCAGCUUUCGACGUAGAUCGAGGUUCAGGUCAAUUGGUGGUCGCCCAUUCUCUUGAUCGCGAAAAUGUGAGCGAGUAUCAUCUGGAAAUUCGUGCGUUGGACACUACGUCGAUCGGAAAUCCACAAAGUAUAGCAGUUUCGGUGAAAAUCGUCAUCGAAGAUGCCAAUGAUAAUCCACCACGUUGGCCACAAGAUCCAAUAACGGUUCGAGUCUCAGAAAAAGCUACGAUAGGCUCGACAAUUUAUAAUCUAGUAGCUACUGACUUGGAUAGCGGUUUAAAUGGUGAUCUGAGGUAUGGCUUGGUUGCUGAGUUUCCUACGAGUGGUGGCUUCGUCGUUGAUUCCUUAACUGGUGCCUUGUCUCUAACUAAACCUCUGGACAGGGAAGAAAGAGCGGAAUAUACUCUAAUUCUUAAAGCUUACGAUCGUGCACCACCUGGUGAACAAUUGGCUUCAACUGUUACGGCUCGAAUAAUGGUACUUGAUCAAAAUGAUAACGAUCCUGUUUUCGUCGCUCCAGAGACCACUAAAAUCGCAGUUACAUCGGAUAUCUUACCAGGAGCGACUUUAGUCAGAGUUGUCGCAAUAGAUAAGGAUGCAGGUGACAAUGGUCGAAUAUCUUACGUGAUUACAUCGGGAAACGACGAGGGAAGAUUUUCAGUAGGUUACGAGUCCGGUAUAGUGAGUCUGGCAAGACCCAUGAUCCGACCCACGGAACUCGAGAUCACGGCCAACGAUCACGGAUCACCGCCACGCAAGGCCACCCUGAAGCUGACCUUGACCCUUGCCGCUGGACAAACCAGAGGACCUCCUCGACUACUGCUUUCUAAUCCUGUCGCUCGGAUCUCCGAGGAUCUUCGAACUGGCGCAUCCGUUAUGGACGUUGCUGGACCAGCCAUCGUCGAUCAAGGCAAUAUUAGCUUCAGCAUACCGACAAACGUAGCCGCAAAUAAAUUCGCUAUUUCACCAAAUGGCCUUGUUACUCUUCGAGGAUCUUUGGAUAGAGAAGAAGUUUCGGAAUACUAUAUACCAAUCAUCGCUAGAUCCUCCAAACUUUUGGAUAUCACAACUUUGGAAGUACAGGUUUUAGAUGAGAAUGACAACAGUCCGAAAUUUCGUGCUGGAUCUUGCUACACUUUGGCUAUACCUGAAAACGGAGAAAAUUCUAUUAUUCAUACGAUUGCUGCUAUGGAUGCCGAUGAAGGAAAAAAUGGUGAACUAUAUUACAGCAUUAUUGGUGGCAAUAUUGGAAAUAAAUUCAAUUUGGAUUCUACGACUGGUGAAUUAUCGAUGAUAAAUCUGGAUCGUGAAACCGUGCCAAAGUAUGUUCUCACGAUAUCAGCAAAAGACAAAGGACGACCAAGCUUAGAAGCUCGUUGUAAUCUGACAGUGAUCAUUCUCGAUGUAAACGAUAAUGCACCAAUCUUUUCCCAAAAUCAAUACACCGAAUCACGUUCUCGUGGUGGACUUCAAAUCGAUUACAGUGGCUAUAGUUUAUCCGGUGGCUUUCAAUAUGGAUCGUCAAAUUAUCCUACGAGUUAUCAUCCUGGAAAAUACAUCGCAACCAUUUCGGAAGAUGCUGCACCAGAUUCAAGUGUAAUGUCUGUUAGAGCAACUGAUCCUGAUCAAGGUGUCAAUGGAAAAAUCACAUACGCGAUUGCUGAAGAAAACAGCUGGUUGUUCAGGGUUGACAAUUUGACUGGUGUUAUAACUACAGCUGGGCCCCUCGAUCGUGAACGUCAGAGUUUGUUCAACUUCUUAGUCGUAGCUACGGACAGUGGAAAAUACGACGCUAAGAGUACGUCGAUACCGAUUGAGAUCACCAUCACCGACGUGAACGAUAACGCACCGGUUUUCGAGGAAUAUCCUUUCCGUGCUAGAGUAUCGAUAGGUACUCAGCCAGGUCAGAAUGUACUUCGAGUCGUGGCGAAAGAUGCCGAUCACGGUGCUAACGGUGAAGUCGUUUAUUCGUUUGUGCACGAACAAGAGAAGCCAAAAUUUCGUAUACAUCCAAGUACGGGAGUAGUCACGGCAACUUUAUCAUUGUCGCAAGACAACGGGAAGACCUAUCGAUUGGAAGUCCUAGCUCGGGACAAAGGAAAUCCACCAAAAAGUGCUAAAGGUUUGAUCGAAGUUCAAGUAGGAGAAUCAGCCGAUUUAGGCCCAACUUUAAAAUUCCAAAAUGAAACUUACGACGUGGUGGUCCAAGAGAAUUCCUUAUCUGGCACCGACAUCGUCCAGAUAACUGCCGUUCGUUCAGACGGCAGGAGACAACACGUGUCCUAUUCGAUAGGAUCUGGAAACGACUUUGGUACAUUUGCCAUCGACGAGGAUACAGGAUUAUUGCGUGUGAACGACCCAGCCAGACUGGACGCCGAGCUUUGGAACGAUCUAACGGUCAGACCGAAUGAUGAACAACCAGACGAAGGCCGCACGAAUACUUGGGGUAGAUCUCUCGAGAAUCAACAACCUAAGGAAGAACCGAGAGAAAGCUCCAAGCACACAUUGACUGUCGUUGCUAGAACUGCAGGACCGGAUUCCCUUGAGGCCUAUGCCAAGGUCGUUGUAAGGGUCUCUGACGUCAACGAUAAUCCACCUAUUUUCACACAAACGCAAUAUUCCGCGACGGUACUUGAGGGUAAUACUAAAGGAGAUUUUGUGGUCAAGUUAUCAGCAAGCGACGCGGAUCAAGGAUUGAAUAGCAGAAUACUUUAUCAUAUAGUUGAUGGUAAUCCAGACAAUGCCUUCACUAUUAGUCCACCUUACAGUGGCAUAGUUCGGACCAACAUAGUACUCGAUCGUGAGAUUCGUGAAAAGUAUAGAUUAACGAUCAUUGCAACUGAUCAAGGAAACCCACAGUUGACUGGUACAGCAGCUCUUAGCGUCAGAGUAAUCGACAUCAAUGAUAACCAUCCGACAUUUCCUGAGCAUAACGUAAUCUCCGUGUCUGAAGGUACUGCAGUAGGAAGCGUAUUAACGACCAUGACAGCGAACGACGUGGACAGUUCACCUGCAUUGAUUUAUCGCUUUAGCAAUACAACGGAUCCUGGUCCGUUCAGCAUCGACAGAUAUGGUGGGAAAGUUAUUUUACGAAAACCAUUGGACGCAGAAAGAAAAUUCGAAUAUACUUUAAGAGUAAUUGCAAGCGAUGGAAUACACGAGGCAACAACAGAUAUGACGAUACGCGUUGCUGAUUUGAACGACAACGCUCCGAGAUUUCAACAAACUGCCUACGUUGCUACACUCUCAGAAGGACACGGUGGACUGCAAGAAAUACUCACGGUCAACGCUACAGACGACGAUUUCACGGAAGACAAUAGUAGAAUACGAUAUUAUCUUUUACAACCUGUCAAGGGUUUCACCGUUCAUCCAAGUACUGGUGUAUUGACAGUUAAUCGUACAGCAAUACCAAGACCAUUACCAAAAGAAGUAGAACUGACGAUUGUGGCCGAAGAUCAUGGCAAACCAUCGGCUUCAGCGACUUGUUCCGUCGUUGUAAGACUCAGCAGUCUUAAGAACACUUUACCUGGACGAGAAUACAAAAUCAAUGCGAAGGAGAACUCAUCGAGAGGCAAGACUUUGAUGAGAUUAUCGGAUGUCGAUCUUUUGGACGGUGCUAUCGUCGCUGGCGACGAGACUGGAGUUUUCGAAGUGUCCAGAGGAAGAUUGAUCUUGGCUAAAUCGCUUGAUCGAGAAACGAAAGACAUGUAUACACUUAAACUUGGUUCGAGGGAUGAAAACACAACAAUGGGUUCCUUGGUAGGAGAUGAACUUGUCACAGUGACAGUUAUCGUCGAAGACAUAAAUGACAAUUAUCCAAGCUUCCUUGAAGAACUUUAUCAAGUUUCGAUUAAAGAAGACGCAGCAUUUGAUAGUACAGUGGCCAUGUUACAUGCCAAGGAUGACGAUUUAGCUGGCACCCCAGCAGCCACUUUGACGUAUGAUAUCACGUCAGGAAAUGAUGCGGGACUCUUUCGUGUUGAGAAAAAUACUGGUGCUAUUUUGGUUAAUGCAACUCUCGACUGCGAUUUAGAACCAGAGAUUCAUAAUCUCGUUGUCAUGGCAUGUGACAGCGAUCCUUUGCUACCUCUUUGUGCUUUGGCAAGAUUAAGAAUUCGUUUGGAAGAUGUGAAUGAUAAUUCGCCUAAAUUCCCUGUUUCUGAAUAUUUAGAAUUCGUUGGUGAAAAUGAGCCAGCUGGUACAAUCGUUUUCUUGGCAAGAGCAUCCGAUCUUGAUCGAGGAAUAUUUGGCUCGUUGAAUUAUUCGAUCGUAUCAGCAGCUGCAACUGGAUUUUCUGACAUCGACGAUAGUUGGAAACUUUUUGAAGUUGAUGCCAAAUCAGGAACUGUUACUACGUGUGCUACGUUUGAUUAUGAACAACGAAAUCGUUAUGCGUUUACAUUGCGAGCAACUGACAUGGGUGGUCGUACGGCAGCAGUAAGAGUUAGAGUGGAGAUCGAAUCUAGGGAUGAGUUCUUCCCUCAAUUUACCGAGAAAAUGUACAAAUUUGGAAUUCGAAGUGGUUCUCAGAUGAUGCCGGGUACUGUGAUAGGUCACGUAACUGCUACCGAUCGUGACAAGGGACCAGAUGGACGAGUGGUUUAUCAAUUGACAUCUCAACAUCCUUAUUUUAAAUUAAAUCGAACUACUGGUGCGUUAAUUAUCAAACAAAAAUUAAUACAUAUGGAUAUGGAUGUUGAAGGGUCUUCUAGAUUAGUAGUAAGCGCCAGUUCCGGAAGACAAGGUUCUCUGUCGAAUAGUACUGUAGUAGAAAUCACUUUGGUUGAUAACGACAAUAACGAUUUCAGAGGAGUAAGUGCUACAGCAAUACCAAAUGAUAUUGGAUCGAAUAUGGCCGUUGCCGCAUCGAACGGUUUACCUGAUUGGGCUCUUGGUCUUUUGAUAACUUUACUUCUUUUGGUUCUCGCAUUUGGCGCUGUAUUUUUGUAUUUUCACUUGCGAAAUCGUCGUCACAAAAAGCCAGGAACAAAGCCAGGUUUAAACGGAGAAAACAACGCCACUGCCUCCAACAGUUAUGUGGAUCCCAGUGCCUUCGAUACUAUUCCAAUAAGAAGCGUCGUUGGAGUAGGUGGAAACGGAAAUGGAGGUUCUGCUGGAGGUGGUGGCGGAGGAGGUGGUGCUUCGUGUCAAUUCGCACCACCCAAGUACGAUGAGAUACCACCUUAUGGAACUUCAGGACAAUCGGGUCAACAGCAAGCUACAUCUGAACUCUCGGGUAGCGAUCAAUCAGGAUCAUCGGGACGAGGAUCAGCAGAAGACGACGGUGAAGAUGAAGAAAUAAGAAUGAUCAACGAGGGACAACAAACGGGAGACUCAGCAAGCGAUUUGUCCGUUCACAAUACGCAGGAGUAUUUAGCGAGGUUAGGUAUCGUUGAUCCACCAGCUGGUACUCCAAGAAGACCACCAGAAGCUCUUCCUUUAGAUAGUCUCCAUUUAUUUGAAGAUGAAGCUGCGACGGAAGCAGACAUAGCUACAUUAAUAUACGGAAAAAUCGGCGAACCUGGAAGACCUACGUCUGGUCUGGAAGUACCUGGUGGACCCAGCAUGAACGGUUCCUUAAGUUCCAUUGUUCAUAGUGAAGAAGAACUUACUGGGUCUUAUAAUUGGGAUUAUCUUUUAGAUUGGGGUCCUCAAUAUCAACCAUUAGCUCAUGUUUUUGGUGAGAUCGCUAGGCUCAAAGACGAUGCUGCCAGCGUACAAAGCGGAAAUUCUGGUAGUAGUGGUAGAGCCAAGUCUGUACAUAAAGCACCACCGCCACCUCUUUUAACUUCUGUUGCCCCAAGAUCCUUGGCAGCUCCAGCCUUGGCCAGAGCUAUCUUGCCAAGAUCACCAAUCAGUCACGAUGCUUCCACAUUCCCUUCGGCAGCUCUAAGUCCAAGUUUCUCACCAUCCUUGUCACCAUUGGCUACUAGGAGUCCAAGUAUCAGUCCUUUAGUUCCACCUACAACGCAGAGAGCCAGUCAAAGUGCCAAUAGAGGUAUCCCCGUUACCAACACUGAAUUAAGGAUCUAAAUUAAUUACUUUCUAAAUUUGUGUGGAAUAAUAUUAGUAUUGUUAUAUUGUAUAUUUAAAGUUUAAUGGCUAAUGGCUGUUUUCAUCGAAAUCAAUAACUUUAUAGAAAGACAGUGUAAAGGAACAUUUGUAUACUAAUUAAUUUGAACAAUUGCUGGAGACUCUUCGUUAAAACAGAUCAAACGUGAUAGUUUCGUAUUGAUUAUUGGGUGCUGUUGGAUAACGAAGAUUGUAUCACGAGUGAAAUGUUUUUAAGUGAAUGAAUGUGUUUUUUAACUCCUUGUAUGAAUAAUACAUAAUUUCUAAUCGAAUGUAAUAGAAUUUUGUUAUUAUAAAAUAUUGUAAUUUAAAAAAGGAGUUUAAACAUUUUCUUCAACGUUACUGUUUUCCGUUUAAAUGAACUUGUAUUUAAAAUGUAAAAGAAGAAUCUCUUUAGUAGAUAAUAAUUUAUAGAUUUUUAUUCGUAAAAUCAUGUAUGUUCGACGACAAAAAAACAAACAAAAUAAAAACUGGAUGUGUUGUAUGAAUGUAAAUCUGAUGAUAAAGAGAAUACGCGCGAGAAGAAGACUGAUCGCAUUUUAAAAAGAGUUCUCAAUAAGAUUGUAUUAAUGUAUAAUAAUUAUCUCGAUCGAUAGUAUAAUAAUAAAAAAAAGAUAAUAAUACUCGUGCGAAUAUUGUAAAUACGAUAAAUAGUAUAAACGUUUAAGUAGACGUGUAAAUAAUUAAUUCAAUCGACGAAAUCGUAACGAACUCGCCGUUAUAAUCAAAAACAAAAAAAAACAAAAAAUAUGAAUUUCAAACAAAAGGUCUAGAGACUGUUUGUAAAAUAGAACAAAUAAGAAAAGAAGAAAAAAAUUACGAUCACAACGCGUUGAACGAAAAUUAAUUACGCUUUUGUACAGUUAAAACUAAAUUCUUGUAAUAAUUUUUAAUUAUUUCUAUAACGUAGAGUUCAAAAUU